AUGGAUAGAAUGAAGGUUGUGGAAUCUAGAAGGGAUGAGAAAGAAGGGAUUGAGGAAUUAUACUUCGUCGCCGGCCUAUUGCUUGUCGCAUCGAGAACGGAUCAAAUGGCUCACUGGAGCAAUCUGAAUGGAGCUAAUGCUUUAGUAGCAAGUUCUUUUGAAAUCUGCUUGCAGUGCCUCUCAAGAAUCCUGAUUGGCAAACUAGACGCGGUAUCUGCAGAAAUUGAGAAGGGAUGUGUGAAAGUAAAAUUUUGCGAGGGAGAUCUCAAGCCUUUUAAUCUUAUAAAUAUUUAUGAUUACUUACCAUCAUUGCAGACGACCGAAGCCUUCGCAGUCUUUGAUAUGCCCGAGAAUGCCUCCGUCCGAUAA